UAUUUUUCCCCCUCAUUGCGUUUGGCGUUUGCUUCGGUUGUUUGUGUCUGAUGAGGGCUCGUGCGAAGCUUCCUCUGCUCUGCUCAUGUGUGAAAUAUCGGUAUCAGGAUGAAGAGACUCCGCCCCUGGAGCACAGCCCCGCCCACCUGGCUCACAGCAAGAGCGCAGAGAUGCUGCACACCAGCGAUAAGAACCUGGCGGCCAUGGACUCCAUGCACAGUUACGCUCCUCACACGCACAUCUCACCAAUAAAGCCAGUGCUGCUGUCCUCUGGUCAAACACCACUCUACACAUCUGCCGUCUCCACACUGGCGAACUCUCCACCAGUAGUGGUAAAUACAGACACGCUGGAUGGAUCACCGUAUGUGAAUGGAGCAGAAGGAGAGAUUGAAUAUGAAGAGAUCACGCUGGAGAGGGGGAACUCGGGGCUGGGUUUCAGUAUCGCUGGAGGCACUGAUAACCCUCAUAUAGGAGACGACCCCAGCAUUUUUAUCACCAAGAUCAUUCCAGGAGGAGCUGCUGCGCAAGACGGGAGACUCAGAGUGAAUGACAGUAUUCUGUUCGUGAAUGACGUGGACGUUCGGGAGGUGACCCACAGUCAGGCGGUGGAGGCGCUGAAGGAGGCCGGAGCCAUCGUCAGACUCUAUGUGUUACGCAGAAAACCCAUCGCAGAGAAAGUCACCGAACUCAAGCUCAUCAAAGGGCCAAAAGGGCUAGGCUUUAGUAUAGCGGGUGGUGUGGGGAACCAGCACAUCCCCGGAGACAACAGCAUAUAUGUCACAAAAAUCAUCGAAGGAGGAGCCGCUCAUAAAGACGGACGACUACAGAUUGGAGACAAGAUUUUGGCGGUGAAUAAUGUGUGUUUGGAGGAUGUGAUGCAUGAGGACGCGGUGGGAGCGCUGAAAAACACAGCAGAGGUGGUCUACCUCAGAGUGGCCAAGCCAAAUAACCUGUACCUUACCAACAACUACAACCCACCAGACCUCACCAGCACGUACUCUCCGCAUAUGGACACAGACCUUGGACAUCCAAACUUCCUGGCCUCGGAUUACCCACAAGCCCUCACUCCCACCUCACCGAGCCGCUUUUCUCCUGUGCUGCAUGGCUUGUUGGGAGACGACGACUUACCCAGGGACCCUCGGCGUGUGGUGAUCCACAGAGGAUCCACGGGUUUGGGCUUUAACAUUGUUGGAGGAGAGGAUGGAGAGGGAAUCUUCAUCUCCUUCAUCCUGGCAGGAGGACCUGCAGACCUGAGCGGAGAACUGCGCAAAGGAGACCAGAUCCUGAGUGUGAAUGGUGUAGAUCUACGAGCGGCUACACAUGAACAAGCAGCAGCUGCCUUAAAGAACGCAGGACAAACCGUAACCAUCAUCGCUCAGUACAGACCAGAAGAGUACAGUCGGUUUGAGGCCAAAAUCCAUGACCUCAGAGAGCAGCUGAUGAACAGCAGUAUGGGCUCUGGAACCACCACAUUACGGAGCAACCCCAAACGAGGAUUUUAUAUCAGGGCUCUGUUUGACUAUGAUAAGACUGCAGACUGUGGUUUCCUGAGUCAGGCGGUGGGCUUCAGGUUUGGGGAUGUGCUGCAUGUGCUGGACUGUGCAGAUGAGGAGUGGUGGCAGGCCUGCAGAGUCAGUCCUCAGGGGGACGAGGAGGAGGUCGGCUUCAUCCCCAGCAAGAGGAGGGUGGAGAGGAAAGAGUGGACGCGGCUGAAGUCUAAAGAAAGGGACCGAAGUCGAGACAGUAUAGGUUCACAGGGAAGGGAAGAGCCGGUACGGAGUUACGAGACGGUCGCACAAGUGGAAGUGCACUACGCCAGGCCGAUCAUUAUUCUGGGCCCGGUGAAGGACAGAGUGAAUGAUGACCUGCUGUCUGAGUUCCCAGACAAGUUUGGCUCUUGUGUCCCUCAUACGACACGACCUAAGCGGGAGUAUGAGGUAGAUGGACGGGACUACCAUUUCGUGUCUUCAAGGGAACAGAUGGAGAAGGACAUCCAGAACCAUCGCUUCAUUGAAGCGGGCCAGUACAACAGCCACCUGUAUGGCACCAGCGUUCAGAGCGUCCGAGAGGUGGCAGAACAGCAGGGAAAGCAUUGUAUUCUGGAUGUGUCUGCAAAUGCAGUUCGAAGGCUACAAGCGGCACAGCUUCAUCCGAUCGCCAUCUUCGUACGACCCAAAUCAUUGGAGAACGUCUUAGAAAUCAACACACGCCUAACUGAGGAACAAGCCAGAAAAGGUAUGGAUCGCGCUAUAAAACUGGAACAAGAUUUCCUGGAGUGCUUCUCUGCGAUCGUGGAGGGCGACAGCUUCGAGGAGGUUUAUCACAAAGUGAAAACUGUGAUCGAGGAGCAGUCAGGGCCUUAUAUCUGGAUUCCCACCAGGGAGCGUCUGUGAGAGUCCAGCCAGAGCCAAAGCACCUCGUUCAGUCACCAUUCGGCCUGCUGCUGCCCUGGACUGCGGAGCUCCGGCUGAUGGAGCUCAUACGACUGACAGAAAGAGAGGGAGAGAGAGCGAAAAAGAGCGAAAGAAAGGAAGAAAACAGACCCACAUCCGGGAAUGAUGGAUCGGUACAGGCCCACGCCGCAUCUGCCUCGCUUCCCCUCCUUUUUCCCGCCUCCACAACUUCCUUUUUCCUGCUUCUAACUUCCUUUCUCUCUGUUUCUUUCUGGCUUUCUCUCAGAAAAGAGACUGAUGAGCUGUUUUUACUCCGUCAAGGAUGCUACGAAGAAUUUUUUUGUAUAUUGUCAGAUUCCCUCUCUGUGACAGGACGAGAGAGAAAAGCGACCACCUACUGGGUUUAAAGGAGCUCGUUUUGUUUUGGUUUUGCGGCUAAUCGAACUGAAAGUUAUAUUUAUCAGUAUCAAUAAUGCGCUGAAAUCUUUUAAUAUCAAAGAUACUACGACUACUCAGAGACUGACGCUCACCCACACGUAUAUCAGCAUCAAGGGCCGUUUAAUUCGCAAUUUCAUGAAAUCCAGGAAGUAACGAGACGUUUGCCGGAGUGCUUCGAAUGUCUUUCCCUCUUAAAAUAUUUGGUUGUUCAUCACAUUGGGUAAACGAGAAGGGAGAAGAAACGCAGACUGUGACAUCAUGCUUGAUUUUGAUUCGGUUUUCUUUGAUUUUACAUACGCCAACAUGCAUUUUGCUGCCUUUUAUCGGGAUCUUCUGCAAUAGCCAGAUUGGUGUUUUCCUUUGAGCUGGAUUUGGUUUGCCGGGUUGGAUCAGUUCCUCAAACGCAAUGACUCCAGGCUCCUCCUUAAUGUGCAAUAUCAGGCUCUUCCAUAAUCCUCUCGCAAUGUUUAGCUACGCUUCGGGUUUGAAUCAUCAAAUGUAAUACUUUCGUCAUGUUUACAGUUCCGUUCUAAUCAUUUCUGGCUACGUUCACAACGCAAGACCUUUCAUUUGUUUAAUUUAAACAAACCAGUUUUAUUACAUUCAUUUAAAUAACAGUUUGGCCACUGGAAAUCUUUAGGAAUAGAAAGAUAAUACA